AAUGGAUUGCAAAGACAGACCAGCUUUUCCAGUCAAGAAGUUAAUACAAGCUCGUCUGCCCUUCAAGCGCCUGAAUCUUGCCCCAAAGGAGAAAACCGAGGACGGAGCGGACAGCACAGGAAGCUCUCCCAGUGCUCCUGCACAAAGUCAAGUCCCCGAUGUGGAAACCUCUUUGGACAACUUGGAGAACAAUUUUCAUAUGGGUUCUGACAUAGAUUUUAGACCAAAACUUGUCAAUGGGAAGGGUCCCUUAGAUAACUUUUUAAAAAGUAGAGUCAAAACCAGUAUUGGCGAGACCACAGUCAUCAUUGAUUUGACAGAGGACUCAAGUGACCAACCAGACAACAUUUCAGCCUACAAUAAACUAAAUUCUGCAGCCUGUCCCUCCUUGGAGGAGGCUGUAAAUAGGGUCAGAGAAGAAGCUGGAGAUGAGGGGGGGCUGCCAAAGGCUAGUCAGAAGGACGAGCUAACGUUUUCUGAAGAGACCCUUUUAGACAUUCCAUGCAAAACAGAGGAGGAGGGUGCUGGCUCAGGGGGCACAGAGAGGAGAGGAGACGCACAGGAAGCAUCUCAGAGCUGCCCCAAGUUGACAGAUGGUCCGAGAACGUGCUCAGAGAAGGACCAGGACAGUUGGAGCGAAGCUGGAGGCAUCUUGUUCAAAGGGAAGGUGCCCGUGGUGCUCUUGCAGGAUAUCCUGGGUAUAAAACCUGGAGCCAAGUCUCCAACCAUCCCUCUGGACCGGGACACGCCCUCCCGGAGGGAAGUGCUAGAGUCUAGCCACGGAGAAGACUCUGUUCUCAGCCAUUCCUCCCUGAGUUCUUCCUCUCCUACCAGCUCACCUGAAGGGCGGUGUGCUUCCGAAAAUCAGCACAACAGUCCCAGUACCUCCCCCACCCUCACGCCUGUCCGCAGAAUAACUAAGAAAUUGGUCAAAGGUUCUGUCGAGAAGAACAAGAUGAGACUACAAAGAGAUAAGGAGCGUUUGGGCAAGCAGCUGAAGUUACAGGCCGAAAAAGAGGAAAAGGAGAAGCUAAAAGAGGAGGCCAAGCGUGCCAAGGAGGAAGCCAGGAGGAGGAGAGAGGAAGAGAAAGAGCUGAAGGAGAAGGAGAGGCGCGAAAAAAGGGAGAAGGAAGAAAAGGAGAAGGCAGAGAAGCAGCGGCUCAAGGAGGAGCGGCGUAAGGAGCGGCAGGAGGCCCUGGAGGCUAAGCUGGAGGAGAAGAGGAAAAAGGAAGAGGAGAAACGGCUGAGAGAGGAAGAAAAGCGCAUUAAAGCAGAGAAAGCCGAAAUCACGAGGUUCUUCCAGAAACCAAAGACUCCACAGACCCCCAAGACGCUGGCCGGCUCCUGUGGGAAGUUUGCCCCUUUUGAAAUUAAAGAGAACAUGGUCCUCGCCCCUCUUUGUCGGACCACCUUUGACCAAGACCUCUGUGAUCAGUUAGACCAGCUCCUGCAGCAACAGAGUGGCGACUUCUCCUUCCUAAAAGAUCUAAAAGGCCGGCGGCCCCUCAGGUCUGGACCCACCGUGGAUUCUAAUCGGAAUGCGGACAUUUUUAACAGUGAUGUGGUGAUAGUGGAAAGCAGCAAAGUAGAUGGCAUUCCUGAAAGGAAGAAGUUUGGCAGGAUGAAGCUCCUACAGUUUUCUGAGAAUCACCGACCAGCAUAUUGGGGGACAUGGAAUAAGACGACGACGGUCAUCCAUCCAAGGGACCCCUGGGCCCAAGACAGGAAGCUCCUGGACUAUGAGGUGGACAGUGAUGAUGAGUGGGAAGAGGAGGAGCCAGGAGAGUCUCUCUCUCACAGUGAAGGGGAUGAUGAUGAUGAAGUAGAAGAUGAAGAUGAGGAUGAUGGUUUUUUCGUACCUCAUGGGUACCUGUCUGAGGAUGAGGGAGUAACUGAGGAGUGUGCUGACCCCGAGAACCACAAGGUCCGCCAGAAGCUGAAGGCCAAGGAAUGGGACGAGCUUUUAGCCAAGGGAAAGCGGUUCCGCGUGCUCCAGCCCGUGAAGAUUGGCUGCAUCUGGGCGGCAGACAAGGAUGGCAGUGCCGACCUGAAGGUGCUAGAGCAGUUCACGGCAUGCCUUCUAGAGACAGUUCUCCCCGAGGAGGAGCAGACACCUAAGGCCUCCAAGAAAAAGAAGAGGGACCAGCACAUCUUGGCCCAGUUGCUCCCGCUGCUACACGGGAAUGUGAAUGGAAGCAAAGUGAUCAUCCGGGAAUUCCAGGAAUGCUGCCGCCAAGGACUGCUUGGCAAGGACACUAGCAGUCCUGAGAGCAGCUCUGCCAGCCCUCCGAGCCCUGGCUCUUCCCGCCCGCAGACCCCCACCACCAGCGAGGACAAUGCUGUCCCCUCCAAGGCCAGGCUCAAGCGUAUUAUUUCCGAGAACUCGGUGUACGAGAAGAGGCCUGAUUUCAGGAUGUGCUGGUACGUCCACUCACAGGUGCUGAAGAGCUUUGAUCAGGAGCACCUGCCCGUGCCGUGCCAGUGGAGUUAUGUCACUAUGGUGCCCUCAGCCACCAGGGAGGACAGUGGCAGCAUCCCCACCCCAGGGCCCAGCCAGGGGACACCCAUCUCGCUAAAGAGGAAGUCAGCAGGAAGCAUGUGCAUCACUCAGUUCAUGAAGAAGCGCAGGCAUGAUGGGCAGGUCGGAGCUGGGGACCUGGAUGGCUUCCAGGCAGACACGGAGGAGGAGGAGGAAGAGGAUGGUGACUGUGUGAUGAUGGACAUCUCGGAUAUUGCUGAGGUCCAGGACCCUUGUGUAACCACUCCCAGUGCUGGAAGGCCUGUGGGAAUGGACACCAGUGAGAGCCCCAUGCCCUCCAACUCACUCAGCCCCUCCUGAGCACCCCAAACUGGCUGGCGUGUGUAUGUAGAAUGGUUAGGGUUUUCUCAGAUGCUUCUCAGAUACUUGAAAGUCCUAUGAUUCCUGUGUAAAGAGCACUUUGUCCUGCUUCGCAUACGCCCCCUCAAGGGUUGGAAAGUAUAUAGGAUGCUUGAUUCAUUCUUUUUUAUAUUUGUAAAAAUUUCCCCUCGAAGCUGCAUACUAAUCUGCCCUUUAAUAAAGCAUUAUCGCAGUGUGUUGGCCUGUACGGGGAAUCCCAAUUGUGCCCUAAGGAUCCUGAGCAGGCACUAUGAUGAAAUGCUUAUAAAUGAACUGGAGCCCUGCCGGUGUCGUAUGGCACCAGGACUGACAUGGAUAUGUAUAAACUUAUUGUCUAGCCCUGA